CAAAUGUAGGUGAACCGGAACUAAAAACAUUGAAGUAAACAAUUUUUUAUGAUAGCAAUUCUUAUAUGAAAUAUGAUGAAUGUGCGCAGAAUUCUUCAUCCAAGUUCAAAGUACAUAACAGUUUUCAAAGUACAGAGCUAUUCAUGUCGUACUUCCACAACUAUUGCAGAUGCCAGAAACGAACCACCGCUUUCAUCGGAUGUAAAACCAUAUAAUCAAGUCCCUGGACCUCGAGGACUUUAUAACAUACCUUACUUUGGCGCGGCAUUACAUUUUAAACCAUUUGGUAAAUAUCAACCAGGUGAUAUCAAUAUCGUACUGGACAACUUAAAACAAAAAUACGGGGAUAUAUACAAGAUACAAUUUGGACCAAACAAGAUGGUAGUCCUAAGUCACCCAGACUAUGCUAAAGCAGUCCUUCAAGCACACUACGAGCAGCAUGAGAAGAUUGGUUUUGAUAUAAGUAACAUCUUUCAUAAGAGAACUAAAACAACAAAAGGAAUGGUUAUGCUAAAUGGACAAGAAUGGGCUGAACGAAGAAAACCAGCACAGGAGAAAAUGUUACGUCCAGCCGUUGUGGCUAGUUAUGUCCCCUUAAUCGAAUCGGUAACUGACGAUUUUAUAGAUGUUUUACAAAAGAAAACUAAAGUUGAUGAUCUUCUUUUGGAACUUCUUAACUACACAACUGAAAGUGUAGGUAUGUUGGCUCUUAAUAAAAGACUUGGCUGCCUAGAUUCUGAAAAGGACAAGUCUGCAGUUUUGGCAUCAGUUAUUAGAAAUGUUCUUGAUAUGUUCCAAGAAUCUUUCUUUAUGCCGUUUAAAUCUUAUUGUUAUUUUAGAACACCAUUUUAUAAACGGUUCGAGGAAAAUAUGCUGAAAUUUGGCGAAAUAGUUAAUGCGGAGCUAGCAUUACAACAUGAUUUCCUGACAAAAUUACAACACGAAGGUAGACUUGAGGAAUAUCUUGAAAAAGAACCAAACUUUAUGUACUCUUUACUUUCUGAUAGCAGAGUAACCGAUGAUCAAGUUAACAGUAUUGUGAUGGACUUAUUUGGUGCUGGUAUUGACUCGAGUGCCAAUACACUGGUGUUUUUAUUAUAUCAAUUAGCUGUCAACAAGGACAAGCAAAAUAAUCUGAUCGAGGAAAUAAAAAAAGUUGUUGGUAAUAGCCAAAAAUUGACAAAGGAACACCUUGCUAGCAUGUCUUACAUGAAAGCUUGUCUAAAGGAAUCUCAUAGGGUUAUCUUUCCUACCUCAGCAGGAUUAGCACGUGUUAUAGAAACUGAUUUAGUAAUUAGAGGAUAUCGGGUUCCUAAGGACACACUGUUAAUCAUCAAUAUGAGUUCAAUGUCAGCAGACGAUCGAUUUUUCUCACAACCAACCAAGUUUCUUCCAGAAAGAUGGCUGCGAAACACAACCGAUGAACUAGCAAAGAGCAAGGAAUUCCCCUUUGCACACAAACCAUUUGGUUUUGGUCCAAGAUCGUGUAUUGGUCAAAGAUUUGCCGAGACUGAAAUAUUUAUUUGUCUGACAAAGAUUAUACAGCAUUUUGAAGUAUCGGUUCCAACGAACAAACCAGAAAUGAAAACAACAGUCCAGCUAUUUACAACACCUGUCGACAAGGUCAAGAUGACUUUUACACCAAGGGAGAAAAUGUAGUUGUACUACGUACAUGUUCGGAAUUUAACCAUUCCGACGUAUUGUUUUUUUAUUAUUAUAAUCAAACUGUGUUACCAACUUUAAGACUGCCAGUGACAAUACAUUCAAAUAACGUUAAAUUUUAGGAUCAUAUUCAUGAUAUGGUAUGAAUCAUGUUUCCUUUUACUGUUUAGAAAAGGGUAAAUGAUUCAGGAAGUAUAUUUGAAGUCUUAUCUUUCACCAAAAUACAAACAAUGAAAAAUAAAAAAAAAACACAAAGAAAAGAUAAGGAAAACCCGACUGAAAUUAAUGGGAGCUACAAUCGUGGAUAUAGAAAAUUGAAGGUAGAUAACUGUGUCCUUGGACCAUAAACAACUAAAUAUGCCUUCGUGAUCUCUCACAUAUAAAUACAUUACUUAUAUUGUUCUCAAUAUAAAGGAAUUCUAUGCGUCGACUUUCAUACAUUUCAGAGGUUAAGCUUGGUAUAAUACCAGGUUUAAUCUAUCAUUUUCUGCUUAAGAAAUGCCUGUACCAAGUCAGGAGUGUGACUGUUGUUUUCCAUUCGUUUGAUGUGUUUGAGCUUUGAUUGUUUAGGGACUUUCCAUUUCCAUUUUGAAUUUUUUCAUUUUACUUUUUUACUCCUACACAAUGAUAUUCAAUUGCCUGCACACAUUUGGCUUCAUCAAGUUAUCAGAAGCAAUGUUUAACCUACAUAGUGUUAUUGUUAAGACGACUGAAAACAAAACUUUUCGACAAAAUUGAUGAUUUAAAUUCUAUAAUGUGAACUUUCCAUUAAUAAAAAGCCACAUUCCAGCAGUGCCUACGUAUUGAGUUUA